AUGGCCAAGGAGGGAGCGCAGCGAGCGGAGGAGACGGAGCAGAUGAUCGAGAAGGAGGGCGGCAAGGAAGCCGCUGAGAGCAGCGGCCCCGGCAGCCUGCGGGCUGGGGACACGAAGGAGAUGAGGGCCGUGGUGCUGUCCGCCUUCGGGGGGCUCAACAAGCUCCGCGUGUCCAAGAAAGCCAUGCCGGAGCCGCAGGAGGGGGAGCUGAAGAUCCGCGUCAAAGCCUGUGGUUUGAACUUUAUUGAUCUGAUGGUGCGACAGGGGAACAUCGACAACCCUCCUAAGACGCCACUUGUUCCUGGGUUUGAAUGCUCUGGAAUUGUAGAAGCUCUCGGAGAUAGCGUGAAAGGAUUUGAGAUUGGAGACAGAGUCAUGGCUUUUGUAAACUACAAUGCAUGGGCUGAAGUAGUCUGCACCCCAGUAGAAUUUGUCUACAAGAUCCCAGAUGACAUGAGUUUUUCUGAAGCUGCUGCCUUUCCCAUGAACUUUGUAACUGCCUACAUGAUGCUUUUUGAAGUUGCUAACCUAAGAGAAGGCAUGUCUGUGUUGGUUCACUCAGCAGGAGGUGGGGUGGGUCAAGCUGUUGCUCAGCUCUGUUCAACUGUUCCCAAUGUUACUGUUUUUGGAACAGCUUCGUCUUUCAAACAUGAAGCAAUCAAAGAUUCAGUAACUCACCUGUUCGACAGAAAUGCAGACUAUGUUCAAGAAGUAAAGAGAAUCUCGACAGAUGGAGUAGAUAUUGUUUUGGACUGUCUUUGUGGAGAGAAUACUGGGAAAGGCCUCAGUCUCCUCAAACCACUUGGUACUUACAUUUUAUAUGGUUCAUCUAACAUGGUUACUGGGGAGACAAAAAGCUUCUUCAGUUUUGCAAAAUCAUGGUGGCAGGUGGAGAAAGUAAAUCCUAUGAAGCUGUAUGAGGAGAACAAAGUCAUUGCUGGAUUUUCCCUGUUGAAUCUACUUUUCAAACAGAAUCGAAGUGGCCUGGUCAAGGGUGUGAUGGACAAACUCCUAAAUCUCUAUAACAAUAAGAAGAUCAAGCCUGUGGUUGAUUCAUUGUGGGCUUUGGAAGAGGUGAAGGAGGCCAUGCAGAGGAUCCAUGACCGAGGAAAUAUAGGGAAACUAAUUCUGGAUGUGGAGAAAGCACCCACUCCUCUGAUGGCCAACGACAGCACAGAGACAAGUGAGGCUGGGGAAGAGGAAGAGGACCAUGAAGGGGACAAUGAGAAUAAAGAGCGCAUGCCGUUCAUCCAGUAACAGCCAGAAGUGGCGGAAGCAGAAAGAUCGAUGAAAUAGAAGGGAACAAGACUGGGAAAUCUCUCCUGUGCAUCAGUGAACAAAUGCUGUAGUACAGUGUGUGUUGUAUUUGUCUGCAGUCAGCUGAGCUAUGAGCUGUUGAUCAUUGUUGUUUCAAACUCAAGUGCCAUUCUCAUCCAGUGCAGUAUUAUGACAUUCCUGUGUAAUACCCAGUUUCCCUGUAGGAGUCCCAUGGGUUUUUCUGUUCAGGUUUAAAAGCCUUAUUAAGUUACUGUGUAAUUUUAGAUGGGCAUCUUCCUCAUGCAAUUCCAGCAUUUUGCAUAUAGUUAUUUGGGGAGUUUGGGCUUUUUCUUUGCAAGCUGGAAAUAGUAUAACAAAAAUUUCCCCACUUGCUGUCUGGAAUACUCUAGUAACUGGAGGGAGGAUUUUAAGUUUGUGGAUUUUCAGUGUUAAAAAAUAGUUUUCCUUUUGUGAACCACAGAUAAAAGUUGCAAAAAAGAAGAGUAUUAAUUUUCCUCAGUCAUGCUUUAGCAUUGUAUGAGCAAUCCUAUUUCCAUUUUCAAAAAUACCUCGCUUAGAACUGUGGAAUCUGAAGUGUUGGAAGAAAUCAUUAAGUGAGAGACUUUGAUUAGUGUUGUAUAACCACAUUAGUCAUCAGCACCAGGACUGAAACACCAUUCAGCGUGCCAACUACCAGACUUAGCUGUUGAGCUGAGCUACCACCCGGUAGGUUAGAGGCAAAGAAAACUGUCAGUGAGCUGCUCUGUUUAGACCCAGAACUCUAAUUGCCUGUAGCAAUUAGCGUUGCUAUCGACAGAUCAACAUCUUCUGCCAGGGACACAUUGACUCAUCUGUGUCCAAAAUCCAAGCUAACAUUAAAUUUCGUUGUAAAAUUGUAUUGGUAAGGAUCACUCAUCAGGAUGGGGAAAGAAAUUUGUUGUUGGAGUUUACUGCUCUGAAAUCUCUAACAUGCUGAUCAACUCUCAGAGCUGGAGCUGAGCUCCUAUAGAGCUUAACCCUGACAAAAAGGAGGUUUAGGCCUUAAUCUCAUCAGAAAUUAUGAAUGGGAAUAGCUCUAUCUAGGUGGGGAGUUCUACCAAAAGCUCUGCUCUGUGUGUACAGUUAUGCUUGUACUCAAGGUAUUCAAAGACCAGCUGGUCUUAUCUACCUCCCACUAGUGGAAACUGUAUCUAACCAUGACAGAAGCAAAGAUUUUCUCCACAUCUUUCACCUAUCCAAGCAGCAGGUACUCAGGUCCACAACUGUCUUCUUAACACAAAUAUUUUAAAACAACUACAGUCCCCUCCAGUAGAAAUGCUAAAGGAAUGUCAGAGGAUGUCUGUAAUGCCAUGUAGCUUGGAAUUAAUGUAUUUUAUUCAAAAGGAAAUCUUUUCCCAGCCAUGGCUAGUUGUUCACCUAAAUCUACAAGCAUCCUGUGGUGAUAGAAGUUAAAAGCUAAUAGAGAAACGUGGAGAAGGAGGGCUUCUCAGCCUUUUCUCAGUGUGAAAGGACUGGUGGGCCUGGAUGACUUUUAUGUGUGGUUUUAGAGGAUUCUCUCUCUCUUAUUUUUCCCUUUUGUUUCAUCUUGCUGCCUGAGUAUUAAUGUCCAUCUCUUGGCACUGUACUCAUGAAGUUGCUGUUCCAGUAUCAGGUAAUUGUUCAUUCUGAUGGAGUUUCCAGUGAGUUAAAUUCAACACUAAUGAGAAGAAAUAACUGUGGAGAAAAAAUAAUGCCAAAAGAGCUUUUGAAAUAUGAACUGAACCAGAACUUAAGUUUUCUCUAGAGGUUGAUGCAGAGCUUCACUACAGUUGAUUUUCUUUUCAAGCUAGACUUGUCCAUACUUCCAGUGCCAUAUCAGGCCCAAACAGGGAUUUUAUCCACAGAAACAUUAAGUAUUCAGUGAGAGUUUACCACAUAUUGGGCUUGCCAAGUGGGCUUUUAAGAAAGGCCAUUAAGUUUUCAUGACUCAUAAGCUGACAACGGUAGGAAACAUGCCUGAUUUUGUUUUGCAGUUAGUGUAAUGAUGUUGUCCUGCAACAAACCUUAACAUAACUAGGAAUUUUGAUUUGAUGCCAAAGUGAGCAAUAUUGCUGGUGAUCUUUGAGCUGGCAGUAAAGUGGCAUUCUCAAGGCCUUAAAUUAGUAGGGCAAGCAGAACAGCAAAUCCGUUCUUCUGUUAUAAUUGCAGUGUGGUUGGCUCUGCAGUGAAAUUACCCUUCAAGACAAAGAUGGGUGAUCUUGGUCAUGGCCACAGACACUAUAGGGACAACAAUCAAAUGAACUAAUUUUGGCUAGUUCUUUCUGGUUUUGUUAGCAAGGCAAAAAUACUGUUCAUGCUGAUUCAUACCAAUUUUAGGGCCAUUUUCUGAGCAGCAGAAUAUCAGGUAAUUACAGUGAGGAGUACUUCUGGAUUUACCUAAGUGCCACACAGAUGAGUGUGACAUCAGCAAGCUAAACUCUGCUCUGUGUUUUACUGGUAUUGAUGGAAUUUUUUUCACGUGUUUGUUCUGGCAGCAGGAUUUGUGCUAACAGAAUAUGGCCCAGAAGCCCUAAGUACCUUUUAGAAUACCACAACCAGUAGUAUUGCAUCUGAAGUGGUAGAGGGCAUGCUAUACAAGAUGACAAUGCUGAGACUCACUACUGACCAGGUCUUACUGUCACAGAAACGAAGGUUUGUGCUUACUACUGACAGUGCUGUUUCAACAACUCUAAAACAAUUGGAUAGUUUCUUCAAGUGAAACAAAUUUUGUCUCAAUUUGCCUUAAAGGAACUGUGAAAGCUUCUCUUUAACUUAAGCCUGACUGAAGUGAACUGAAACACUGUUUAAUUGUAUUUGUUGCUUUAGAGCUUUUGUUAUAUUGUGCCUACAAAGCAAAUUAUGUUUACAUAAAAAUAUAAAUAAACUAUUGAGCAUAGCAUUA